UUUGAUUUUACUGAAAAAACAGUAAUUUAAAAAUGUCUGCAUCUAAGAAAAAAUGUUGUGUAUUGACGUGCUGUGAAAAAUCAGGAAGAUUCUUUAGGUUUCCUCGAGUUGGAUCCAAAAAAUACAAUGAAUGGCUUUCAAACUGUCAGUUUUCAUCAAAACAUAUUGCAAAACUUAGAUGUCCUUUUAUUUGUGAAAAACAUUUCGAAUCUAAAUAUUUCGGUAAAAACAAAUUAUUCCCAGAAGCAAUACCAACAUUAUUAUUGGAGGAAAAUAAGGUAAGCGAACCAAGUUUAAAAAAAGAUGAGGUUCAAAGUUAACGGUUGAAAAAGUUGAUGAGAAGAGUAGAGAUUUUCUUGGACUUUAAAAAUCCUAACAAUGAACAAAAUCGAAUCGUUUGAAAUGUGGUGUUACAGACGUAUUCUGAAGAUUCCUUGAGCGGACAAAGUUUUAAAUGAAGAACUUCUAACAAGAUUAAGAAAAGAUAGAGAACUCCUUAAAAUUAUCAAAAUAAGAAAAAUGAGGUAUUUUGAUCAUAUCAUCCGAGGUGCAAAAUACGAAUUGUUGCAACUGAUUGUGGAAGGCAGAAUCGAAAGAAAACGCGGCAUGGAAUUGUGCACAUUCAGUGUUAAAACCGAUGAUGAAACUUUGGAUACUAUGCUAUCGUCGACAUCGUCAGAACAAAAAAUAGUCUGUACAAAUUCGAGUUCUACACAGACUGACAAUGCUGCAGGAAGUCAAAUAAAUCAUAGUACGGAAGUUGAUUUAUAUAUGCAAUGUGCCGCACAGCAGUUAAAAACAUUCCCAGAACUAGAUGCUUGGGCUAUAAUUGUAAAUAUUCAACAGACGAUCAAUGAAAAAAGAUUAGAAAUCAUGAACAGACCAAAUAAAAGAACGUUAAUAUCUGCAACGAUUUCAUCAAGUCGAUCACAAACACCAACGUUACCAUACGAUUCAACUUAACAGUGCAUAGUCCGAUGCAGGAAAUAUUUCGCAGAAUUCUGAAUUUUUGUAGUUAAUAAAAAAAAUAUUAACUUAAAAACUAUAUAAAUAAAAAAUAUGGUUUCAAUCUGAUUUAAUUAAAAGAUUCAGUCAUAAAUUAUGAUCCGCUAAAACUAAUGACUCUACUAAUAAUAUUAUUUAUUAUAAUAUGCAGGGAGUGUGCGAGCAUAUAUGGGGAAAUCACAGAAGAUACCGUAUAUAUUACUUUAUAAGUAUAUAUAAGUACAGUAAACGCUGUUUCGGUUUAGCGCUCUUUUAUUUCAACCCGAACAUUUAAGUAGAUGUUUGAAAAAACAGAUAAAGAAGAGAAGCAAUCAAUAAGAGAAUUUUGGAAAAACUACAAUAUCAUGAAUGCUGUAGAAAGCAUAAACCUUUCUUGGAAUGAGAAAGAUCUUUUAAAAAAGUAUGGAAGAAAAUUUGAUCAGAUUUAAGUAAGACUGAAGACAUUGGACACUCUGUUGAUAUGUAUGAAAUAAUGGAAAAAAUAAUGAAAUUAGCAAAACAAACCGGUUUAGAUGAGGUAAAUGUGAAAGACGUCGAAGAAAUAGUUCAAGAAACAGCAGCUAACCAUUCUAAUGAUGAGCUCAAGGAAUUAGCUGAUCAAAAAGAAAACAAAAAUAUUGAUAGUAGUGAUUGCGAAGAAGAGCAAAAAGACAUUUCGAUGGCGUUUGUAAAAAGGAGUUUGACCACUAGAAUUGAAAUUAUGGACCAAAUUAUUAAAAGUGAUACAAAUUUUGAUAGGAGUUCAAAAUCAAGACGGGCUGUUAUAGAUGCUUUAUCCACUUAUCAACAACUUCUAAUAGAAUGCAAAAAAGAAAACGCAAACUAUAUUAGAUGCUUUCUUGAGAAAAAGGCAGAAAAUUGGAAACAGACUGACUGACUUAGAAUUUUAUUUGCUUUUAUAUAUAUUAAUUUACAUUGUUUUUGUUAUUGGUUUUAUUAUUAUUAAAAAAAAACAUAAUUAUUAAAUUUAAUACCUAAACGAUCGUCUAUCAAUUUUCUCCUACACCCAUUACGCGUUAAACGGGAUCUUACUGUAUUUAAUUUUAUUUGGAAUAUUUAAACACAAUUUAUAUAUGUAAUCGUAAUGUUUUAUAAUUUUAUUUUUAAUCCAAAAAAAAACAGUGCCACAAUCUGUGAAAAGUAAAAUGUUAACUCUAAAAUAGAAAUUUUUAUUGUACAGGAAAUAUGUUUUUAAAACGAAAUACAAAAAAG